AUGCGCGCCCUCUCGUCCAUCGCCUUAGUCCUCUCCGCCCUGCGCGGCGUAGUCGCGUGCCCCGUCAGCGGCAACCCGGCUAUCGACUCUUUCGUCGAGAGCGAGACGCAGGUUUCACGUCACAAGCUGCUUUGCAACAUUGGCUCCGAUGGCUGCGAAGCGGCGGGCGUCUCGCCUGGCGUUGUCAUCGCUUCCCCAUCCAAGAGUGAUCCUGACUACUGGUAUACCUGGACUCGCGACAGUGCCCUUGUCUUCAAGACGGUGAUUGAGCAAUUCGCAUCCGGGGAUUACGAUGCCUCGCUGCAGAAAAAGAUCCAAGAGUACAUCGUGUCCCAGGCGAAGCUCCAGGGUGUAGACAAUCCUUCUGGUGGCCUCGUUGAUGGAAGCGGUCUUGGGGAAGCCAAAUUCCACGUUGACUUGACCCAGUUCACUGGUGCUUGGGGCCGACCGCAACAUGAUGGCCCUCCUCUCCGGGCCAUCGCCAUGUCUCAGUAUGCUAAGUGGCUGAUUGACAAUGGCUAUCCCAAGACCGCGCAAGAGAUCGUCUGGCCCGUCAUCCGCAACGACCUCUACUACACUGCUCAUUACUGGAAUAACACCGGAUUCGACCUCUGGGAGGAAGUGAACGGUGCCUCUUUCUUCACCUCCAUCACCCAGUAUCGAGCUCUCGUCGAGGGCAGCGCUCUUGCCGCCCGGCUCCAGACCACUUGCACGGCCUGCGAUGAGAUCGCUCCUCAUGUCCUCUGCCUUGUUCAGAACUACUGGUCCAACUCUGGCUACGUGGUUUCUAACAUCCACAACAACGCCGGUCGCGCUGGCAAGGAUGGCAACAGUAUCCUCGGUUCCAUCCAUUCGUUCGACCCCCGUCUCGGCUGCGACGCUACCACUUUCCAACCAUGCAGCGACAAGGCCCUCUCGAACCACAAGGCCGUCACGGACUCUUUCCGGUCCUGGCCCAUUAAUAACGGCAUCCCGCAGGGCACCGCUGUCGCCGUCGGCCGAUACAUCGAGGAUGUUUACUACAACGGCAAUCCCUGGUACCUCCUGACCCUCGCCGCCGCUGAGCAGCUCUACGACGCCAUUGCCGUCUGGAAGGCCCAGGGCUCCGUCACCGUCACAUCCACUUCUCUCGGUUUCUUCAAGGACCUCGUCCCCUCCAUCACAGCGGGAACCUAUCAAAACGGCACCACCACCUACGACUCCGUCCUCGAUGCUGUUUUCACGUAUGCCGACGGCUACCUGAACGUCGUCAAGACGUACAUGCACACCGACGGUUCCAUGCCUGAGCAGUUCAGCAAGAACGACGGAACACCUAUGGCCGCCCGUGAUCUCACCUGGUCCUACUCCGCCUUCCUCACCGCCGCUGCGGCCCGCUCCAACGCUCGCAGCCCCCAGUUCGGCUGGCUCGCCUCCCCUCCUCAGCUCCCCAACACCUGCGCCGCGUCUACCGCCGACGGUGCCUACGUUUCCGCCACUGCUGUUAGCUUCCCGGCUAGCCAGACCCCUGGUGGUACCGAGACCAUCACGGCUAGUGUCCCAGAGCCCACUUCGACCACCUGCUUGCACAAGGUCAACUUUAGCGUCCUGAGAACGACCGUGUGGGGUGACAGCGUCAAGGUCGUCGGUAGCAUCAAGGAGCUCGGCUCCUGGAACACGGCCAACGCUAGGCCGCUUUUGGCUGACGCUUACACGGAGAGCAACCCUCUCUGGAGGGGAUCUAUUAGUGUCCCCGCUGGUGCCAGCUUCCAGUACAAGUUUAUCAAGGUUAGCGACAAUGGUGCGGUUACUUGGGAGUCGGAUCCUAACCGCUCCUAUUCGGCUUCGAGUGAGUGUGGGAGCACUGGGAAUGCUGGGGGUAACUGGCAAUAA